GCAAGCACCGCGCGACCGACGAACGGCAGGCGGAACCGCGCGAACAGUCGCUGCUUCCUUUUCGUCUCCACCUAGCGACGUGGAGCAACGCCAUACACACGCUCCCAUCCGCACGCGCAUUUCCAGCCUUACUACUCUCUCGCACCAUCGUCUUCCAUCCGCCCAUCUACCUCCCUCCUCCGUCCACCCUAACUACGGCGGGUCGCCGGCCAUGCUCGCGUUCGCGGUCAUCGUCUCGCCUUCCGCGUGGCCGAGAGCCGUCUCCUCAGCUUUCGCGGCGGCCGUCUUCGCGUUCCUGGACGUCGUCGACGUGCUCCUCUGCUUCGUGUACGGCUUCCUCGACGCCGUCUUCGAGGACAGCCCGGUCAGCUGCUACUGCCACGGGAGCCACAGCGCGGCGGCGCUGGACGACGACGACGAGGUCUCCGACACAUUGUACCACCGGCGGAGCGCUCUCCGAGACGCGCUGAUGGGGCUCGUCAGAGGCAGGAGCGGCGGCUCGCCGGAGACGGAGACGGAGCGGCGCAAGGGGCGGAGCCCGAGGUGGUCGGACUGCGGCUGCGAUUCGUGCCGCGCAUGGCAGCGCCACGACGACGGCCGGCUGCACUUCGUCGCCAACCAACCGCCGCCGCCGCCAAACGCUUUUGCAGAUGGAGCAGUGACAACGACGCAGCAGAGUGGAGAAGAAGACGCCAUCUUCAUCCACGGCUUCACCUCGUCAUCGUCGUUCUGGGCAACAGUGUUCCGCGAAUCAUCCAUCCUCAACAACUGCAGAAUGUUGGCGGUCGAUCUCCUCGGCUUCGGCAAGUCUCCCAAGCCGGCAAACUGCAUGUACAGACUGAAAGAUCACGUCGAGAUGAUCGAGCGGAGCCUCAUCGAUCCACUCAACCUGAGCUCCUUCCAUCUUGUCAGCCACUCCAUGGGCUGCAUCAUCGCCCUCGCAUUGGCUGCCAAGCACCCAGAACGAGUCAGAUCAAUCACACUGAUUGCACCGCCGUACUUCGGAGCAUGCGAAGAGAAGGCGAGCCAAGUGGCACUGAAGAGACUGGCGGAGAAGAAGCUGUGGCCGCCAUUGCAGUUCGGAUCCGCAGUGAUGUCAUGGUACGAGCACAUUGGGAGGACUGUCUGCUUCUUGGUCUGCAAAAAUCACCUGCUCUGGGAGCGCCUCUUCAGGCUCAUCACAGGAAAGAGGGAUGUGGACUUUCUGCUGGGUGAUCUGACGAAGCACACGCACCACUCGGCGUGGCACACGAUGCACAACGUCAUCUGCGGUGGGGCCAUGCUGCAGGACAGGAACCUGGAGGCCGUCGAGGCGGCCGGCGUCCCGGUGCAGGUGAUCCACGGCGGCGACGAUCAGGUGGUUCCGGCGGAGUGCGGCCGCCACCUCAAGGCCAAGCUUCCCGGCGCCGAGCUCCGACUCAUGGAAGGCUGCGACCACAAGACGGUGGUUUUCGGCAGGGAGAGGGGAUUUGCUGAGGAGCUCAGAGCAUUCUGGUCCGCGUCUCAUCAGAAUAAGCAGCUAGCAGCAUCUGCAUCAGGGUGGGCAGGUUAACGGAUGUUGAUUGUUGGUGUGUAGAAUAAUGUCUGAUAUGAAAUCAUGAUGUAGCAUAGAGAAAUUCAGUCCACACUUUGAAAUUACUGGUACUACAAUUUUUAGAGAUUAAAGACUAGGGUGAAUCCAUCGACACGUUUCUUUCGUCAGAACAGUGUCCGUAUAUUGGAAAAUCCUUUUCUAGCUCGUGGAUUGGCAGAUUAAUCUUUGAAUUUGCAAAGGGGACUUGACUGUUUCAGAUA